AUGGCAUCGCAACAAGCCCUCACCAAGCUGGAGCUUUCGGGCCUCCGCAAGAUCGCCUCGGGCAAGGUGCGCGACCUCUUCGACGUCGAUGACAAGACAGUGCUCUUUGUCGCCACCGACCGCACCUCGGCCUACGACGUCGUCCUCGAGAACGGGGUUCCCGGCAAGGGAGUCAUCCUCAACCUCCUCUCGGCGCACUGGUUCGGCGUGCUCACCAAGGCGAUCCCGGACCUGCGAACCCACCUCGUCUCCCUGUCGCCCCCGGCCGGCGUCCUGACGCCGGAAGAGGCAGAGCUCGUGCGCCACCGCAGCAUGCGCGUCCGGCGCCUCGAGGUCUUCCCGCUCGAGGCGAUCGUGCGCGGGUACAUCGCCGGGUCCGCCUGGAACGAGUACCGCGCGCACGGCACGGCGCACGGCCUGCAGCUGCCCGCCGGGCUGCGGCAGUGCGACCGCCUGCCGACGCCCCUCUACACGCCGUCGACCAAGGCGCCGGCCGGCCAGCACGACGAGAACAUCAGCCCCGCGCGCGCGGCCGAGAUCGUCGGCGAGCGCUACGCCGCCCGCAUCGAGGAGCUCGCGCUGGCCGUCUACGGCGCGGCGGCCGCGUACGCGGCCGAGAGGGGCAUCAUCAUCGCCGACACCAAGUUCGAGUUCGGCCUGGACAAGGAGACGGACGAGGUGGUGCUGAUCGACGAGGUGCUGACGCCCGACUCGUCGCGCUUCUGGCCGGCGGACAAGUACGAGCCCGGCCGCGACCAGGAGAGCUUCGACAAGCAGUUCAUCCGCAACUGGCUGACCCGGGAGGGCCUCAAGGGCAAGGAGGGCGUCUCCAUGCCCGACGAGAUCAGGACCGCCACGUCGGAGCGAUACCAGGAGGUCUUCAAGCUGCUUACGGGCAAGACGGUUGAGGAAACUAUCAAGGAGAGGGAAGCGAGCGGAGAGGCCUGA